AUGGUGCUCAGCUCUUCCAGUCCCAGCUUGAUGUUUGCCAGGGGUGGAAUGUACGCCACUACUGGGAUGAUCGCAGAGAACUCCCGUGGCAGUUUUAAACUGCCAGAAGGUCUGUUACCUCUGCAGCAAGGACUGUGGGAUGCUGGGAGCUGUUGCCCUCUCUUGGCAACAGCUAUACUGGGAACUGUGCUAACAGGGUCUGGGAUCCUCUAUUGUCUUAAAACUGUUGUCCGACAGUUCUCAACAGAGGCAAGACGCCAGUCGAUGAGCCGGCAGCCCUCCUUCACCUACUUUGAAUGGCCUGAGGAAAAAACAGAUGAAAUCACUGAACCAGUGCUCAAAGAUCUAGAUCAGGAAGACAUUGAGGGCCAAGUCUUUUACCAGCCUGAGGUGGAUCAGUCGACACUUGCUGUUAAACCAGUGGGACUUCAGGAGAGGAGAGGUUCAAACGUAUCGCUGACCCUUGACAUGUGCACACCAGGUAGUGAAGAAGCUGAUGGAGAGGUGUUGUCACCCAGGGAACAGUCAGCACGGGAAUACUUGCAAACAGCAUCUAACCUACUCACUUCUCAGAAACUGCAUGAGCGAGCCAUGGACUCCUUCACACUCCAGAGAGAGUUCCUUGAAAUACCAAUGAAUUUUGUUGAUCCAAAGGAAUUUGAUAUACCAGGCUUUGGAUUGAAGAAUCGCUAUAAGACAAUCCUACCAAAUCCCCACAGCAGAGUGUGCCUUACUAUUAAAUCAUCAGAGGAUCCACUUAGCUCAUACAUUAAUGCUAACUACAUUAGGGGCUAUGGAGGGGAGGAAAAGGUGUACAUUGCUACUCAGGGACCAAUUGUGAACACUGUGUCGGAUUUCUGGACAAUGAUUUGGCAGGAAAGGUCAACCAUUGUUGUCAUGAUUACAAACCUGGAGGAGAGGAAUGAGAAAUGUACAGUGUAUUGGCCUGAGUAUCAAGCCAAUUAUCAAGGAAUCGAAGUCAUUGUCAAUGAUGUUCUACAUGAAGAUGAUUACAGUUUGAGAAACAUGACCCUGAAGGAUGGUUUUGAGGAACGACAUUUAAAGCACUACUGGUACACAUCCUGGCCAGAUCAGAAGACACCAGACAAUGCUCGACCACUAUUACAGCUGGUCCAGGAAGUGGAAGAAGCUAGAAUGCAAGCAAAGAAGGACAGUAGUGGACCAGUAAUAGUCCAUUGCAGUGCGGGCAUUGGGAGAACAGGUUGUUUCAUUGCCACCAGCAUCUGUUACAGAGAGCUGAAGUAUGCUGGCGUGGUUGAUGUACUGAGGACAACUUGUCAGCUAAGGAUAGACAGGGGAGGGAUGAUCCAGACAUGUGAACAGUACCAGUUUGUGCACCAUGCCCUGAGCUUGUGUGAGAGACAGUUAUCCCAACAAGCAGAGGAAUGA